AUGGGAAAUAGGAAGUCAACAACUACUACCCCAUUCAGUAGUGCAAAACAUGUUGAGCCAGUAUCUAAUUUCUCUACCAGUGCAACUACAAAUCGAGCUAUGAACACGCAAAGAAUGCAAAAUGGCUUCCUCAUUUGGCUGGACAACAAUAUUGAUGAUGAUGAUAAUGCUGAUUGUAGUAAUACAAUCAAGCAAUUAAAACGUGUUGUUAACAACGUAUACACCUUUACAGAUAGCGAAGAAUGUGUUGAAUUUAUUCAAACCAUUAACAACAGCAAAGUAUAUAUAAUUGUAUCCGGGUCAUUUGGGAAACAUAUCAUGCCUCAGGUGCAUGACAUGUCCCAGGUAGAUACCAUUCUCAUUUUUUGUAGCAAUCAAGAAUGGCACAAACAAUGGGCCAAAGAUUGGCCUAAAAUAAAGGGAGUCUUCACAGAUAUAACAUCAAUCUGUGAAGCUCUCAAACAAGCUACUCACGAAUGUGAACAAAAUACCACAUCAAUCUGUGAAGCUCUCAAACAAGCUACUCACGAAUGUGAACAAAAUACCACAUCAAUCAGCUUUGUGGCAUCAAACAAAAAGUUGGAUCAAUUAGAUCCAUCAUUUAUGUAUACUCAGAUCUUGAAAGAAACCAUAUUAACCAUCAAUUUCGAAGAUAAACAUUUCAAAGAAUUUAUUACUUAUUGUCGUGAUGUAUAUGAUGAUCAUGAAAAUGAAUUAAAAAAUGUUAAUCAACUACAAACAACAUACAAAAACAGGACACCCAUUUGGUGGUAUACAUGGGAUGCAUUUCUAUAUCGUAUGGUCAAUCGAGCAUUAAGAAUCAUGGAUGUUGAUAUUAUUGUUCGAAUGGGUUUCUUUAUUAAUGAUUUACAUUGUGAUAUUCAACGACUGCACUCGAAACAAUUUGACGGUCAUCGAUCACGUAAAGCAUUUACAGUUUAUCGUGGGCAUGGUCUUUCGAAAGAAGAUUUCAUCGAAAUGACAGAAACUAAAGGUGGACUUCUUUCAUUUAAUAAUUUUUUAUCAACUAGUAAAAAUCGUGGUGUUUCUCUUGAUUUUGCCCAACAAGCUGCUACAGAUCCUGAUCUUGCUGGAAUACUAUUUGUUAUGUCAAUUAAUCCUACUGAUUCAACAGCUCCAUUUGCUGAUGUUACAGAUGUUAGUUAUUUUCAUACAAAAGAUGAAGUUCUCUUCUCUAUGCAUACCAUUUUUCGUAUUGGAGAUAUUAAACCAAUGGAUGGAAACAAUCUUUAUAAGGUGAAUUUAAUAUUGACCAAUAAUAACGAUCAAGACCUUCGUACUCUUACUGAUCGUAUACAACAAGAAACAUUUCCGGAUGAAGAAGGAUGGUUUAGAUUAGGAUUAUUGCUAAUUAAAAUGAGUCAGUUUAACAAGGCUCAAGAAAUUUAUGAAGUUGUACUUCAUCAAACAACGGAUGAAAAUGACAAGGCCCCUAUUUAUCAACAACUAGGUUCGGUCAAAUAUAAUCAAGGAGACUAUCAAGAAGCACUUACAUACUAUGAAAAAUCACUUAUUAUCUUGCAAAAAGUAUUUCCUUUGAAUCAUCCUGAUUUAGGAGAUUCAUAUAAUAGAAUCGCUAGUGUGUAUUACAGCAUGGGUGAUUAUCCAAAAGCCCUUUCUUAUUAUGAAAAAGGCCUUGCAAUUCAACAACAAUCACUUCCUUCUAAUCAUCCUGAUUUGGGUGCUUCCUAUAACAACAUCGGUAGGGUACAUGAGAAAAUGAACAAUUAUUCAAAAGCUCAUUCAAUUUAUGAACGUGCUGUACAAAUUGGACAGCAAUCAUUAUCAACAAAUGAUCCUAGACUUCAAAAAUGGACAACAAACCUCGAACGCAUGAAAAAGAACUUAUAA